AUGGUUAUGAGAACAAUAAUACCCAAUAGUAAGCUUGUUUAGGUUGGCCUUCACAAUGAAACAUUCAUCAUGCUAAUAUAUAUAAUAGCACAUUUUGACAUUUUCUUCUUUCCUGCGCAAAGGACACGCUAUUUUUGAUGUAAUUGUUCCGUAUACGGCGAGACAGUGUUAAAAUCUUUAUUUACUUUCUAGAGAUUUGAAGAGAAGUAUAAAACUGAGCUUGAAACUGGGCAGGUUUCAAAACACACACAGUUUAACUAUGCUUGGUCUCUGACACGAAGUCCAAACACAAAUGACAUAAAGAAAGGUGCUCACCUAUUACAAGGUACUGUAUGACAAAGACAUUUCAUUCAAUUUAGUAGUGCUGUUCCUGAUAAAUACAUUUUCCCAUUUGUUUUCAAUUAAUCAACCACAUUUACUUAGCAUCAAUCCCUUAAUCGAUCACAACAACUACGGCUCAACAUCAAUUUGGAAAUGUCAAAUUCACAGGUCAAUUCACAGCUUGGAAACUCUGCUGAAAACUGAAACACCCUUGUUGACAGAGGCGGCGUGAGGUAGUCGGCAAAUUAUUGUGUCCCAGUCGGCAAAUCGUUUUCUCAGUCAGCAAAACCUGAAUUGUAUAGGAAGGAAAAAACUAAAAUAUAUGAGUGAAACUGAUUAAAAAAGAAUAAUUAUAGCUAAAAGGUUGAAAUAACUAUAGGUUGAAAAUUGUGUGACGUAAGCACUUCUAAGUGUUAAUAAUAAAGAAUUGGAUCAAACUAUAAUCAAACCUAACUGUGGUACAUAUUGCAUAGUAACUCCUCGUGGUCAAUUUGUUCAAUUUUUCAUUCUAUAGAUUUAUGUACACAUGGUACAGACCAAAGAGAUUAUCUGUAUUUCCUGGCUGAAGCAAACUACAAACUUUCGGUAAGACAUGUAGCCGGUUAGAAAAGUAUUGAAACGUAUAUCAUGAUAUUCAUAGACUCGACCUCAUACUUUUGAAAAGAGACAGAAGCUUUCAAGAUUGCAUUCUACUAAAUGAAAUGCCAAAACACAGUUAAUAGACUAGUUACAGUUCACAGUUCUUAGUCUAUUAACUGUGGCCAAAGGAAUGAGAUUGCACAUGCAUGUGGGUGCCAGUGUGGGGAGCAAUGAUUUAUUAUCCCAUACCUGUGCUAAAAGCGGCUAUCUGAUUGGUUCCGAGCAGGUGAGGUUUUUUUUAACUCACCUGUCCUUCGCCAAACUCACCCGCGAUAAAACUGCUUACGUUGCCGUCCACGUGGCUUUUUUCGGGCUUAACUAAACUGAGCUACAUUCCACUUUAUUGAAAAGCCCAAAGCCUUUGGCAAGAAGCAUAUAGUAAAUGUACUGUACAUUUACAGUACAUUUAUUUAAGGAAAUUGUCUUGUGCAGCAUCAUUCUUAGCUUAGACCGAAGUAGAGUAAUGUAAUUUAAUACAUCUACAUGUAACUUCAUGUAACUGGGACUACAUGUGUAUAUUAUGAAAUUCGAUAUUAAUGACAAUACCUUUAGCAUACUGAAUGUUGUUUAUAUUUUGCUUUGUAGGAAUACCAAAUAGCAUUAAAAUAUAUCAACAGAGUUCUGGAUAUAGAACCAAAUAACAAACAGGCGAAAGAACUGAAAGAAAAAAUUGAAAAAAAAAUGAAACGAGGUGGGAAAUGUUAUACCAAUGCAUAUAUAAAAAAAGUCAAUCUAAAUAAGGAGUAUCUUUUAAAAUACUAAAUUUAAUAAUUAAAUUAAUUAAUUAAAUUAAUUAAUUAAUUAAUUAAUUUAAUUAAUUAAUUUAAUUAAUUAAUUUAAUUAAUUAAUUUAAUUAAUUAAUUAAUUUAAUUUUAAUAAUUAAAAUUAUUAACACCACCCAGUUAAAUUUCUACUGCCAAAAUUGUGUUCGUUGUUGACAAUAUAUAGAGCCCAAAGCCUUCGGCAAGAAGCAUAUAGUAAAUGUACUGUAUUGAAUCGUCAUAUGCAAGGAAAUUGUCUUGUGCAGCAUCAUUCUUAGGCUUUUAGCUUGAACUUGUUUGGGAGGUGUUGUAUUAAUCUUUGCCUUUUUAUCAUGUAUCACGUAAACUGUCCCUGUUUUUGUUCACAGUAUGCCUUACCAACAGAACUUCGCUUUUGUACAAGUGCGUAGAACUGCAUAUUAGAGAGGUUGGGAUUUGACUGUCACUUUUUCUACCUCUCACAUACUUUAAUAUGCAUUUGAUUGUUUAUAUAAUUGCAUGGAUAGAUUAAAUUAGGGAUCCACCGGAUAUCAUGUCGGGCUGGAUAGUGAGAUAAUCUUCUUAUCUGGCCGGAUAGCGGAUAUUGUUUAUUUAAGCGUCAGGCCUUCUUUUUAGGUUAGAAGUGAUGUGAUAUGGUUUAAGAGUAUGUAUAGUAUGGUUUAGUACGAGUAUUUAUCAUACUUUUACUUGAAAUGAUCGUAGAGAAACUGGCAAUAUUUUCAAGAUUUUUCAUGCUUGCUUCAGUUGCUUGCAAAUGCGAAAUAGUGAGUUUAAAAUUUGAACUUUUUGAGCAAGCUUUUUCCAGCUAACUAUGCAUGGUUGUCGAUUUUGGAUUGUGAAGUUAUUUCCUAUUAUUUCAAGUCAAUAUAUUAUAAACACCAUCACUUUAUGACCAAUAAAAAUAAUUAACCUUGAAUGAUUAGGCCUGACCUUAUAUAGCCAAUAUCCGGCAGGAUAGUAAAACACUCUAUCUGGUGAACCCCUAGAUCAGAAAUGCAUCUGAUUGGUUAAUGGCAACAGUGGUGGAAGUCAAAUUCUGAAUCUCUCUAGUUACAGUACAGCAUUGUAUGUACGUUGAUCCACACGUCAACUGACGACCAAACCCCGGAAAUUGUACAUAAAAAAAAACUUCAGCAGCUAAAUGCAUUCGACAUAUAUUAAUUUAGUUUCUAUUGCAACAACAAAUACGUAUUUUUAAGACAUUGCUAAUACACUAGGGAUGUGCAGAAUAUUGUUUUCCGGACACCAGAUGGUACCGGAUAUGUAUUUGUAAUCAUAUUUGCUCUGAGUGUUUGUUGAACCUGUGUGUCACUUGAAAAGGAUGGUUGGAAAUAGCUUUUUUGUAUGUUUUUCGUGCAGAUGGUGUCCUAGGAGCAGCGAUUGCAGGGGCAGGUAUGGUGGUGGUUGGUGGAACUGUGUUAGCUCUGGCUGGUGCCGCUGCACUCGUUGGAAUACUUGUUAAAAAGAAAUGA